UCCAAAUACAAUGGCCACACAUCUUCCGAAGCACACCACCAUGUCACCACAUCUGACCCUGCUAGGGUUAGUGCUUGCUGCAGGGCUAGCAACGGCACUUAAGAAGGGUGAAGUCCUGGACAUGACAUACAAGUACGACAAUGUAACAACCCUAGGUUGGCCGGGAUCUACACCGUUCGAGCUGACAAUACUCCAGAGAGGACCAACGCCUUCCACGCCUUGGUUGGAAGGUAACAAAUUUUGCACUGCAGAACACUUUGGUACACAUAUGGACGCCCCAGCGCACGCGGCAAAGGGCAAAUGGCGAGUUGACCAAAUCCCUGCCAGGAACCUCGUUGGUCCCGCUGUGAGAGUGGACGUGUCAGCCAAGGCUGCGGCAAACGCCGACUACCAGCUGUCACCAGCCGAUCUGACCGACUGGGUGUCUGCCAACGGACCAAUUCCCGACGGCGCUUUGCUCUUCGUCUAUACCGGCUACGGAGCGCAUUGGACCAACCGGCUGGCGUAUUAUGGUUACGCGGGAGAGGAUGACUACUUAGACGCAGAUGGCAAUUCAUUGCUGCAUUUUCCAGGGAUCUCCGAGGCUGCUGCAACCUGGCUGGUUAGUAACACACAAGUCAGCGGCGUUGGCAUUGACUCGGCUUCUCUCGAGUCCGGCCAGAGCCAGGUGGACUUCGCGGUUCACGAGGUCCUGCUUAAGGAGAACAUCUUCGGCAUGGAGAAUGUGGCCAACGUGGACUUGUUGCCGACCACAGGUGCAACGGCCUAUGCACUGCCGAUGAAAAUUGGGGAUGGGAGUGGCGGUCCUGUGCGCAUCGUUGCUGUGCUGACGGAAAACGCCGAUGGCGGCUCUAAUCGGCUGAGAGUCGAUUAUGCAGCUCUCCUGGUGGUUGGCAUUUCUAUCAUUAUGAAGGCAAUUCUGUAGUUAGAUUUCACACGGGCGUCGCUAGACUGUG